AUGGUGGGAGUCGCUGCGGCAUCAAGGAACAAUCGGGCUCCUUCCUCAAGUAAAAUCACGCAAUCCCAAAGAUCCCAUCCAUCCCAUAGAAGCUCGCCAUCCCAUAGAAACUCGAGUGAAUCUGCAUUUGCACCUUCUCACGGGCAAUUACUAAACGAAGUUCAUGAUUCCGAAUAUGACUCAAUAAGACCUACGCUGACUCGUAAAAAUAUCGAACGAAGCUUUCGAAUUUUGGAAGACACUAGACGGCAGCGCAAGUUUGAAGCCAAAGUAAUGUUCAAGGAAUACAGCCUUUACAACAACAAGGAACAGAUGAAGGUGGAUCAGCUGCGACCAUACAUGGCUCGUGUCUUCGGCACCGAUCAGAGUGCAUUCGAAGAAGAAGCUGUGAAAUUGGUAUUGGAAGAAGCAAAGAAAAAGUCUCGAGACGGAGAAGACGAUAUUCUGACGAGAAGUGCCGUGGUCUCGGCAGUGAUCAAGUACGGAGAAUAUGUACGGCACUACCAGACCAUUCAUACGCUUUUUCAGGCAUCGGAUUGGUCAAAUGAUGGAAAGCUGCAACGACAAGAGCUUAGAAAGUUAAUCCAGAAUUACGAGAGCAGCCAAACGCGGAACACCGAAACCGUCAAGAACGUAUUGUUGUUUGUGACGGAACAAGAUUUGAAUUUCAUUUUGAGGAUGGCCGACGAAAACAAAGAUGGUGACAUCGACCCCACUGAAGUCAUGCGUGCAAUUGGUGUUUGGGAAGAGCUGGCGGCUGUCAAGUUGGACGAUUUUGACAAAAUGAACUACAAGUGCUGCCACAAGAAUUGCACGAUAUCAUAA